UUAAGUUUAAAUUAAUUUCAAAACAAAAAAAUUUUAAAAGCAAAACAAUUUAAACAAUAUAAAAACCACCGUUCAGUCAUCGCCAUACAGGAAACAGGAAUAUUUUGACUAAUGUUGUACCUACUUCGUGUGAUAUAUAAUAUUGAUAUUAACCACCGAAACUGUAUAAGCUAAAUAAUAUUUUAUAUUAUGAUCGAUUUAUUGCGGGUGCGUACGCGUGUGUGUAAGCGUCUUAAAAACGGUUGUAAAUGAAGAUGUAUAGGUAAGUCGGCAGCUGGGUGUACCUAUUAUAUAUAUAUAUAUAUAUAUGCGAUAACUACGUAGUCAUCCAACACCCAUCCAAACAUAUCGCGAUGUGAUAAUGAUGAUUAUGAAACAAAAAGCGUCAUUAUAACUUUAAACGUGGUUCGGUGGAGAGCCGGGCCGAGGCCAUGGACAGGGCCGACCGUCUAGCCCGGAGCUUGGAGUUGGAGAAGGCCUACGUGCACGACACUUAUCAGGAGAUGUAUCAACCCGCACAUAAGACCAAACCGUGGCCGAAGGUGACGCAGUUCCUGCACGACUUGGAACCCGGAUCACUCGUGUGCGACAUCGGUUGUGGUACGGGAAAAUAUUUGUCGACUAACCCGCAUGUGUUCAAAGUAGGCGUUGAUCGCUGCUUGAGAUUAACUGAAAUAGCUAGAAGUCGAGACAGCGAAGUAUUGGUGUGUGACAAUCUAACUUUACCAUUCAAAGACUGUAGUUUAGAUGCUGUAUUAUCCAUAGCAGUUAUUCAUCAUUUUUCGACAACAGAAAGACGUGUGUGUGCCUUACGAGAACUAGCUAGGGUACUUAGAAUUGGUGGUCGUAUAAUAAUUACAGUUUGGGCCAUGGAACGACGCCAUAGAAAAUUUCAAUCUCAAGACGUGCUAAUGCCUUGGCACAAGCCUUGUAGAAAUUUAGAAAGCGAAUCAACAGAAUUUUCCACAACCACGACCACAUCUGAUGAGGAAUAUAUUAGCACGAGAAAAAAAUCUAAUUCCGAUUCAACAACGAGUAUCAAAAUGUGUUGUGAAAGAAAAACUAAGCGUAAGGAACAAUCAAAUUGGAGAAAAGGAAUAAAGAGUUCCCCGAGUAGUUCUAGUUUAUCGAGUCCAGGGACUGAAACUUGUUAUAGCUUUGUUCGGAAAGCAAUACAGAAGCUUGCCGGUUCAACCAAGCGAGGUAAAGUAUCAUCAAAACCUUGGUUCGUUGGUUCUUGGACAUCACUUUACGGUACUGAGUUACCGUCAGUAUUACGUUCAGAUCCUGAAGGGUGUGAGACUUGCAACGAAGAUGUGUUAAAUGUUCCUAUAGAACUUAGACGUAUGGAAGAUUCGCCAGACUCAAUAACGCUAUUCAAUCGAACACCUACUCACAAAUCUAAGAGUUUAACCGAUAUAAAAAACACCGCGGAAAAACGAAUGGUACGAUCAAGGUCAAGUAUACCAGAAUUGGAAAAAUCAAUGCCAUUAACUCAUUCAAAACCAAAAUUAGUUAAACAAAAACAAUCGCUAUGUGAUGAGGAUGCAGAAGAAGAUAGAGAUAAGGCUACUGACAUGAAAGAUUUAGUUAAUAAGUUACCUCAAUUUGACGUAGGCAGUGGUUCAAAAAGAUACAGAUAUAAAAGUAAUGAAAUAAAACAAAGAUCAAUGAAUGAAGAACUUAUGUCUGUAGAAAGACUUAAGGAAAAAGAAAUCGUCCAAAAAAACAUUCAAAGACAAGCGUCUUUAAAUGAAGAGCUUAUGUACAGCACACGUACGUUGGAAUCCAUUAAAGAUACWUUACAAUUGCUCAAAACUGGCUUCACGAAAACGUUUAAAAACCCAUCCAGUCAGGUGUCUGAUAACAUAAAAAGUGGACUAAGUAGAAUGUUAGGGUAUAAGGAAGGUUGUGAAGAAAAGGUUAGUGAUGAAAAAAAAAUAGAAAAAAUGCCCGUUCCCGCAUUGGUUACAACGACGUGUUGUGACGGACGUAGAAGUUCCCGUGAAGAUGGUUCUUCGGAAGAUUCGUCAAAAGAUAGUUUACAGAGUGAUGCUAGUGUUGAUUCUGAAGAUAGUCUAAGUAGCUUAGCGUCUGUUAUAUUUGUGAAUGCGACUGGUGGGUCUGAUAAGACAUGUUCACCACCAUUAGUGGAGCAACAAGCACGAACAGCUCCAUGCACACCCACUGCUAAAUCUCAAAGUCAAUACAGAUCGUCUUCACAUCCCAACACGCCGAAAACAGCCCCUAUUCACCCGUCACAUUUUAGAUUGCCAGCCAGGUUCAACUCACAAAAUGGAAAUGAACCAUAUCAGUUAAAUUUAUCAACAGAACAACAGGUAGACGAUGUUUUGAAGCCUAUUAAAUUAUCACCUGUGAAAACAGCAAUAGAAAUGAAGCUUAAACGGGAGCAAGAAAAAGAUCAAGAAUUAGAACGUAGAGAUCAUGUUUGUGAAGGAGGAGAUCAUAAUGCACGGCCUAAAGAAAGAAUAAGUGCAGAAAAGCUUAAACAAAUUCAAGAUCUUCUUUUGAAUACUAAACCCGUAACAGCACGUAAUCGUCUACCAAAAGCUGAUCGAACUUUUUCUGGUUUACGUGGAAGACACUUUAUUAAAACAGUUGAAGAAACAUUUCAUCCAGAAAUAGACGAUAUAGAUAGUGAUGUUGAAUCAUCGUCUUCUGAUUCCGUUAGCAGUGUCAUAAGUGUAGUGGUGGAAGAUGAACGCAAAAUUACAGAUAUCGAGUUUGACGAACCCUUUGACGUAGAAACACCAGUGAAACCCGAGGAUGAAAUUUUGAUAGAACAUGAYAAUCUAGAACAAAUUUGUUCUUCAGAUUCAGACAUAAUUAAAAAAGAUUCUAACCCUGAUGAAGAUUCCACCCCUAAAGAAUAUCCUAGUUCAAUAAAAAGUCCUAGCCCUAAAAAUGAUCCCAAUCCUAAAGAAGACCCUAGUCCAAUAAAAAGUCCUAGCCCUAAAAAUGAUCUCAGACCUAAAGAAGAACCCAGCCCUAAAGAAGAUCCCACUCCUGAAGAAGAUCCCAGCAGUAAAGAAGAUCAUAUUCCUAAAAAUGAUCCUAGUCCAAAUGAAGACCAUAACACUAAAGAAGAUCAACCAAAUCAUACUAACCGAUGGAGUCUGCAAGAACAUCCGAACAAAGGGAUGGCAGUUCGAAUCAGCCCAAGCCUCGGUUCAAUACCAAAACACAAGAGGGCCAGUAAGUGUUCUAAAGAUGAGCUCUCAGAUUUGCCAGAAACGUGGGACGAGGAAUGUCAAAAACAUCUUGUGGACUUCGCUGAAAGAUUAAAUAAAGAGCUGCGGGCCGCCAUAAGCAUGGAGCCACAAGAAGAUCCAAAAAAUUCUCACGAUGAAGUAGCAGAGCCACCGGAAAAGGUCGAGCUAAUGCAAUACUUUCACCAGCUGAUGCGACCUGAUGAAAUAUUGUCGGACCCAUCAUCUUCCGACGGACAGCUUGAGGACGAACCACACGACUACCAUCGGAUCGAGAUACUAGCCGGGUCCGAAGCACCUCGUCGGCCCAGUAUUUCCGUUGAAACGCAGGACUCUGUGGAUAAAGUGCUGCGGAGUCGCGAGGGAUUCCGAUCACGACUCUACCGCAAGUCCGUGGACUCAGCGGAAGACCGGCAUGCGUCCCUAGAGUUGGAGUGUGACUCGAGGCGUGAUACGGUUUCCAGCAGCCAAGUAUCACUGCUUCGACCUGGUAACUCACUUGAAUCCAACGACACUGCGGAUACGCACACUACUACGCAGAGCACGACUUCGCUAACAUCGUGGAGUGACUGCAGCAAGGAUACAAGGUUUGCAGACCGUAGACAGGCGCGGUGCGACGGCCGGUCGUCGUCCGAGGAGACGGACCCUAGGCGGGCCGCCGUUCUGGUCCGCCAACACGCAGCCGUCGAAACCCAAGAAACAUCCAAGAGUGACGAUACGUGUAGCUUAUCCACCUCGCAAGAAUCACUUUCAGAGCACGGUGGAGGGUCUAUAACAUUCCACAGAUACUAUCACGUGUUCAGAGAAGGUGAACUCGACCAGCUGAUCGAGAAACACGCUGAUAAUUUGCACAUAAUUUCUUCAUAUUACGACCAAUCAAAUUGGUGCGUUAUCGCCKAAAAAGUACAGGUGUGGACUAUUUAGUGAUGAGGUAUAAUUAGUGAUGAGUUUGAAAAAAAUUAAUAUUUCAAGAUUUUAGUUUUUAAAAUUAUUUAAAAACCGAGUAUAUACUAGGUAGAAGGUAGUUAUUCAAAUAUAUUUGGUUUUAGGAUAUGUGCGUCCAAUAAUAAGAAUUCUUCAA